AUGGCUGCGUGUGCAACUGGCGGCAGAGGCUGCCAAGGAGUGGAUGAAGAUCCGGUCGGGCACCACUCCCGUGCUCCAAGGAGUGGAGGUGCAGCAGCCGCAGUUCACUGCAGAGAGCUUCUCCGGCAGGAAGGGCCGAGCGAACAUCAUUCGGGCUCUGCAAGUGUGGCGCGAGAUGCACGAGAAGACUUUCGGGCGGCCGCUCCUGGACCAGGAUGGCAACCUCAAGAUCAAGGAGAGGCCACACUUCGCCACAUUGCUGGAUCGAGCUCCUGA